UAUUUAGAUGAUUAUAACCUACAGUCAUCUAAAGAAAUGAAGCUAGUAUUUUUCUUAGAUGCUAUAGAACAUGUAGCUCGUAUUGUACGUAUGAUAGAACAAGAACGUGGUAAUGCUUUAUUAGUUGGUGUUGGUGGUACUGGUAAACAAUCCUUGACUAGAUUAGCUGCUAGUAUUUGUGGAUAUCAGUGUGUACAGAUUGAAUUAUGUAGAGGCUAUGAUUAUGCUGCUUUCCAUGAAGAUUUGAAGAAAUUAUAUUUCUUGGCCGGUGUUGAAAAUAAAAAUACAGUUUUCCUCUUUACUGAUACACAG